AUGGCCGAUGUGGACUAUCUUGACCUGCAGCCGACGCCUGUGAUUAGUCACGUAUCGUCUGCAUUUGCUGCACUGUUCGACCCUCUAUCAUCAGCGCCACAGUUCUCGGCAUCCGCAGUCCACCAGCAGACGAGGCAUUCUACCCCCGUAUUCUACACGAUGACUUUGAGGGGUCAGCUGCGCGUGCGGCAGGCCGUGGCCGCGGACAUUGACGCGAUCACGCAGGUGUACUUUGCAGCGUUUGGGCCGGACCCCAUGUCACCAGCCAUGUAUCCGCCCGCGGGCGUGCCGACGGCGGACGUGGUGGCCAAGUUUGCGGGCAGCAUCUUUGACGAGGCGGCGCCGGGAACGGGCCGGGAGGUGCCGGUGGUGGUGGCCGAGAUGCUGCGCGACCACAAGGACGAAGCCGAGGAGGAGGGGUAUGAGAUCGUGGCGUUUGGCAAAUACGUCGUGUACCACCGCGAGCGGACAGAGGAAGAGUGGACCAAGCCGGUCGUGUUCACAGAGGAGAUGCUGGGCCAGGGUGCCGACCUGGACGUGUUCAACGGCUUCAUCGGCGGCCUGCACCGGAAACGGGCAGCGGUGGUCCGGGGGGCAGCCCAUGUUUACCUCAACAUCCUUGCGGCGGCUCCCGACCGACAGCGUCUCGGCGCCGGGUCGGCGAUCCUGCGCUGGGGCGCCGAACUGGCGGAUGCGGCCGGCCUGCCGCUGUGGCUAGAGGCCUCACCCACGGGAUAUCCGCUGUACCUGCGGCACGGGUUCGUGCCGGUAGACGUGCUGGACUACUCGCUGGUCGCGUACGGCGGCACGGAGGAGGGCAACUGGGGCAUUGACAGUGUGCCAGGCGUUGCCGGGCCGCGGCUCCGAGGCUGGUACCGGACGGUGGUGAUGAAGCGGGAGCUGUCAAAGAGUUAG